ACGAUCCCCGGGGCGUCGGUAGGGUUGUCAAACUUCUUCUCGCCAAAAUUGGAAUUUUAAUUCAUCAUAAUUUAAAUUCGAAGGGCACUUAAACAUGAUUUAGUGAUAUUGGACGACUUGACAUGUGAAUCAAGUGCCGCCUUUGUGUAAAACUAGCCAACACUGAAGACGAAAUUGUGGGGUCAAAUGCUAGUUUUUAGCCUCAGCCACUUUGUCCACUGUUUACAUAGAAGCGACAAUAUUGAAACUACUGUAUCAAUGUUCGGAUACUUUUUUGUUUUGUUUUGUUUUGUUUUUUUUAAAAUACACGAGAGGUCAGUGUGUUGUCUGAGGUCCUGUGCAACCUUAGUGAUGGCGUGGCAUUAAGGCUUAGCGGCAGUCGUGUCUGCGUUUCCCCGAGAAGCCGCGUCAAGCGAGUGGUUGAGCCUCAGCUCACCAUGGAAGACGAAGCGUUUGAGCAGAUAGUGAGUGUGUUCAACUGGCUGGUGUCGUGGGCGGCGGCUGGGGCCAUGAUGUUCGGCGGGGUGAUUCCCUACAUCCCCCAGUACCGAGACAUCCGGCGCACGCAGAACGCCGAAGGCUUCUCCGCCUACGUGUGCUUGGUCCUGCUGGUGGCCAACAUCCUGCGAAUCCUCUUCAGAUUUGGCCGCUACUUUGAGACGCUGUUGCUGUGGCAGAGCAUCAUCAUGAUCGCCACCAUGCUGGCCAUGCUCAACCUGUGCACCAACGUCCGUGUGAGCGCUGAACUCAGCACCAAAAGGCGCGCCUUCCUAGCCUCGGACAUUAAGGACGAGGAGUUCCGAAUCCCUAAGAGGCUUUUUCUGGACUUCGACUGGAGCUACUUCUGGUCGUGGAGCCGCUUUCUGGACUAUGUGCAGUGUGUGGCGGCGUUCACGCUGACGGCGGCUUACGUCACUUACGUGCUGCUGGACUCGGCCGUGUUCGUGGAGACGCUGGGCUUCCUGGCCGUCUUCAGCGAGGCCAUGCUGGGAACGCCGCAGCUCUACUGCAACUACCAGAACAAGUCCACGGAAGGCAUGAGCAUCAAGAUGGUGCUGAUGUGGACGAGCGGCGACACCUUCAAAACGGGCUACUUCCUGCUCACCCAAGCGCCCGUGCAGUUCUGGACUUGCGGCAUGCUGCAGGUCCUGGUGGACUUUGCCAUCCUGUUCCAGGUUUACUACUAUAGCCUCUACCCACAAAAGCCGGUGUCGCACAACGCCUCCCACACCAGCAGUGCUAAAGCCCUCUGAGCUCUGGGUAUCUUCACUCAGGGAAAGAGGAAGAACUUUCACAAGAGCUGUAGAGUAAUGAAAAUGGUGUUGGUGUCCUCACCAAUGCCUCGAGAGCUUGUUACAAGCAAACCCAAAGUGGUUUGGAAUAUUUAUGAUCUUGCAUAAAUUCUCAUACUACCCCAGAAGGCAGAUGAUUCCUGGAUCGAUACAAAGCAGCAACAUGAAAAAAACGGCAGAACAAUGACAGCUUUUUUGAGGCUGUGUAAAAGGGGCCAUUUACUCCAGGAAGGCCCUCGUGGACCUAGAAAAGGGUCUUUUCCCAGCUGUUCCCAUAAGGCAUUGGAAGCAUCGAAUUAUCCAAAAUGUCUGAUGAUGUAAUCGUAAGAUGGAAAAUGUAAAUUGAGAGGAACCCUAACCCCCAACCAAUUACCUUACACGCCAAACCUAACCCACCCUUACACAAACCUUUACCCCCUAACCCCAAUUUGGGACAAAUCCAUUUACCUGUAGUGUAUAUGUGUGAAAGCAGCGCAUGUGGAGAAUCUUUGCACACUGUUUACUGAACUCUGUGGACCAGCUUGUAAGGUCCAGACAUGUAGAUUGGCUGUUGCAUGCCUCCGCCCCCUACUGCCUUAAAACACACCCUCAGACAUGGCUCGCUGCUCACUCAAUUCAAUUAAUAUGCAUUACUGAAUGUAUUAAAUGGCAUUUGCUGUUUUUUUUCCCCCCGCUGUUUUUGUUUUUCAACACGGUGGAGAAAAGUUGGUCAGUUUUACCACUUGUUGGCCUCAUAGUCCCCUUGUGCCCUCUCAGAGCACUUAAAGGAUCCGAGUGUAUUAAACAAGAGUCAGUCAAUUAGAAUUCCAAUGGCAAUUCCACGGGUGAGAAGUUAUCCUCAGUUCAACCCGCUCUGGACUUUUGCCCAAAAGGACCACUUGAUGAAGUAUUUCCACCAAGAGCAAUGGCCAAAGGUUUGAAAGAAGAGCCAAGAAUUAAUGAACUGCACUGACUGGUGAAUUAUACUUACUGCAGGUGUCGGAGACAUACAAGACAUAUCAGUAUAUCUUCUCAGCCAUCAUGCUACCAGACCAUUUGAUUUAUCUUUUUUUUCCCAGUUUAAUAACUCCCCUGUCCACAUCAUUUCAUCUGGGCUAUGUUUCAUUUCCUUAAAUGAAAAUUAAUUUCCUGUUCUACGGAGGUGAGUGUGAACCGGCCACGUAAAUAUUCCCCUCUUUUUUAUUGUUAUUAUUAUUAUUUCCCAUUCAGCCAGACAGGGCAUGGCAGUGCUCUUAUCCUGCCCGCCCCUCAACCCCCAACUGCUGUUAACUAUUAAUCAGGUUGGCUCCUCGGCUGAGGUGUAUUGUUUCUGCGCUCACAUCCUCAGCAGCCAUAUAUUUCUUUAGAGAAAUGUUAGUGUAGGAUUUUGUGUUAUUCAGACAGCAGACAAGUGUGAAUACCUGACAGGUUCUCAUUGUGCACCACAGAGUCAAAAAUCAGUUCUGAAUCUGUUUGUUUUCCUCCCUUUUGGAACUAUUAUUAUUACUUUCCUUAGCCAUAUGUUAUCCUAUAGCGAUAGCCAAGUUCGACAUCGUCACAUUGUGAAAAUCACCUUGUUAAACUCAAUACCAAAAGUAUACUUUUUUAAAAAUAUAAUUUUCUUUUUAUGCUACAUGUAUUUUCACGAUCAUGUUUUUUAUUAAAGGCUCUUUUGUUUACCUCUGGAACAUUUACCAACAUUGGAGUCAAAUAAAGAAGACAUGGAGAGGCUCACCCAGUAUAUUGUGUGUAAUUGUUUGCA